AUGAUGUCCAUGAAGUUGAUUGGAAGCCUCAGCUGCUGCAUAUGGCUAGUCAUGGCCAUAGUCACCGUAGCUCAAACAUCCGAUGACUCGAAUGCUCCGGUGCUUGACACUUCCGGUCAGGCUCUUCAAGCCGGUGUAGAUUACUACAUCAAACCCGCCAUUACUGACAGUGGCGGUCGUUUCACUUUGAUCAACAGAAAUGGCUCAUGUCCAUUGUAUGUCGGUCAAGAAAACGUCUCAGGCCCUGAGGGCCUUCCUGUGACGUUUGCUCCUUUUGUAGAGGGAGAAACUGUGGUGAGGGAGUCAAGGGACCAAAAGAUCACAUUCUCAGCGUCCACAACCUGUGUGCAGUCAACUGCAUGGAAGUUGGGUGAGACUGAUCAAGUCACCCAAAGGAGAUUGAUUGUCACCGGAGAAGAUCAAAACCAAGGCAUCGCUGGUCCGGCUCGAAACUACUUUAGUGUUAACAAGCAGGCAACUCCAGACGGUGUCUACAAUCUGCAAUGGUGCCCAACUGAACUGUGCCCUACUUGCAGGUUUUUAUGUGGGUCUGUUGGAGCUCUUGUGGAGAAUGGGAAGAGGUUGCUUGCCUUGGAUGGUUCUGUGCUUCCUGUUGUGUUUGAGAGGGCUUAA